GUGCUCCCUCCUCCGCUGCUCCCUCUGCUGCUCCCUCCUCUGCUCCCUCCUCUGCUCCCUCCUCUGCUCCCUCCUCUGCUCCUUCCGCUGCUCCCUCCUCUGCUCCCUCCUCUGCUCCCUCCUCUGCUCCCUCCUCUGCUCCCUCCUCUGCUCCCUCCUCUGCUCCUUCUUAUGCUCCCUCUGCUCCUUUUUAUGCUCCCUCUGCUGCUCCCUCCUCUGCCUCCUCCAAUCACCGCCCAUUCUCGCCCUAUUCCGCCCCUCCCCUCACCCCUCCUCCCCUUCGCCAGGCGCCCUUCGAUCUAGAGGGUGAUGCAGGCAGCACAGUAUACCUGCUUCAGAGGGAGAGAGGAGCGGAAGUGGAGAGGGGAGGAGCAGAGCAGGGGAGUGGGCGAGGAGGGGAUCAGAGAGGGGGAGAGGCGGCGGGUAGUGGGAGCAUGUUAGCCCAGGGCCGGGUCACAAGAUCAGCAUUAGCAGGGUUAGAAAGAGGAGUAACAGAAGCAGGAACAAGAGGAGCAUUAGGAUCAACAGAAGUGGCAGGCGCAGCAGGAGCUGAAGCAGCAGGAGGGGCAGGAGGAGACGAACAGGGGGGGCAGCAUCUCGCACAGGAGCACGGGGAGGAGGCACAAGGUACAGGAACGGUACGUGGGGCAGGCUCGCAAGGGGGCCGGCGUGGGGAAGGGGGGGGGCAGGCUGCUGCUAGUAGUGGUGCUGGGGGAGAUUGCAGCAGGGGGGGGGGAGAGGGGGGUGGUGGGGCGGACAGCAGGGCGGAACGGCGGCGAGUGAGGGAUGGUGAGGAGGAGGAGGAGGAAGCAGUGGCAGGAGCAGAUGGUGCAGCUGGAGGGAACACAGUAGAGGUGGAGGAUCGGAGGGGAGGAGGUGGAGAAGGAAGUAGGGCUGACACACGACAACAAGGUGAUGCAGCAGAGAGUGAGGCUCAGGGCGGCGAGUGGCGGCCGCUUGCACUGGUGUGGGGCGGCACGGGGCGGCAUGGGAGGGUGACGCGGUGGAGUGGCAAGCACCCCGAGUACUGGACGACUGCUGUGGACCUCCACCGCCUCAUGACCCACCUCCAUGUCUCUCCUGCUCCUCCUGGCUGCACCCGUGAUGGCGGGGACUGGGAGGGGGGCGGGGACGAGGGAGGAGGGCUUCAGGGGGUGUCGCUGUGCCGGUAUGCUUUCUAA